AUGGCUGCUGUGUGUAAAUUAAAGAGUGUAGCUAACUUUUUCCUGUCCUCCAUCCUCUCUCUCUCUUUUGUAGUGUACAUGCGUAACCCUCAGAUGCCUCCGUACGGGUCACCGCAGCAACCUGGCUCCGCCUUAUCCCCUCGCCAGUCGUCGGGAGGCCAGAUGCAUCCUGGGAUGGGGCCCUACCCUCAGAAUAAUUCCAUGGGGAACUACGGCCCUCAGGGCGGACAGUACGGACCACAAGGUGAAGCCCCGUACACACAGCUCGUACACAAUGAAGUCAUUAAGUUGGUUCUGUCCCGCAUAACGAUGACUGGCCAAAAGAUUCCAGGUCUCUCUUGAAAAGGAGACUAACCUGGUUAAAUAAAUGUUAGGAAGAUACGGUCACAACUAUGUAGACCUCAUACAAACAGAUAGCAGCUACGCAUUGUUUUUUGGUGCUCCAUGUGAGUAAAACCACUGAUGGAAGGCUACAUGCACCUUGGUUUUAAUGGGAUACUUCAGGAUUUUGUCAAUGAAGCCCUUUAUCUACUUCCCCAGAGUCAGAUGAACUCAUGGAUACAAUUUUUUAUGUCUCUGCGUGCUGUUUGAAGGAAGUUGCUAACUAGCUUUAGCGCAGUUGCUAACUAGCGUUACCGCAAUGACUGAAAGUCUAUGGUAACUGCUAGCAUGCUAGAAAAUACCAUAGACUUCCAGUCAUUGCGCUAAUUGUAGUUAGCAGUGGCUCGCGAAACUACCUCUAACUUCCGUCAUACUGGAUGCAGAGACAUAAACAAGGUAUCCAUCGGUUCAUCUAACUCUGGGGAAGUAGAUAAAGGGCUUCAUUGCCAAAAUCCCGAAGUAUCCAUGUCUGUUAAGAGCUGCUGAACGAUUUUCUCACAGCUUAGUGAAAGGAGUGGGGGAGGAAGAGAAGGGGAAAUAAAAGUGUCAACAGGAUAUGAUCCUCCUAUUCUAGCUCUUACUGAAGCCCUGUAGUAACCAUGUGCUCCCCUUUGCUGCUUUAACGUGCUAUUGCUGUAACAUACACACAGAGCUCGUCCUGAUCGUAAAGCCAUUGAUUGUCGAGAUAGUAGGAGCACUGUACUUUAUAGCCUUUUAUUGCUCUCUGGACCGUUAAAAAAGAUCAGAACAUUCUAAUCUUCCAAAAGAUUUUUCAAUUGUCCUACAACCACCAGUGUUUCUGAGGUAGCCUAGAUACAGAGAACCUUUUGAAGCUGCAUUUUAAAUGUAGAAUAGAUGUAUAAAAAUAUGUGAUUUUCUCUAGCUCUCUCCCUCAGAGGACUUUUUUUCCACAGUCUUUGAAGAAGUAUGGAGACAGAUUACUCAUCGAAUCAGACUCUAGCCCAGCAUCUACACCCUCUGUCAUCAGCUAGCAUGUCAGAACAGAAACUGAGAGAGAGACCAUAUCUGUGGAGUUAAAUUUAGACGUGGACCACAGAAACUCCCAGCCAGGUUUCUAUAUGUCGGAGGCUAGAAGGUUUCUAUGAGGCAGGUUCACCACAGGCUACAUACAACAGGCCUAAAGAUUCACCACAGGUAUCGAUCUAUCUGCUUGAAUAGAAACCUAAAGAUUCACCACAGGUAUCGAUCUAUCUGCUUGAAUAGAAACCUAAAGAUUCACCACAGGUAUCGAUCUAUCUGCUUGAAUAGAAACCUAAAGAUUCACCACAGGUAUCGAUCUAUCUGCUUGAAUAGAAACAUCCUCCUUUUUAAACUCAAAUAGUAGGCCUAGCUGUUAAGUCCUUUUUCUUAUUUAGGUUUAGGACUAUUGCUGUGUUAGAGUAAGACCUGGGUUGUAUACAGUAAAAAUACAACAUUUUGAAACUUGAGUGAAAUAGGGAGGUACUACAUGGACAAAUGACGGUGUGCCCUCUAGAACAGUCCCCUGAUGUCUUUCUCUCUCUCGCUCCCCACCCUCCAGGUUACCCCAGACAGCCCGGCUACAGUGGCAUGCCCAACGCCAACUACCCUGGAGGUCCAGGGGGCAUGAACCCUAUGCCAGGCCAGGCUGGUGGGGCGCCGUACGCAGGCAUGCCCCCUGGCAGGAUGGGUCCGGGUCAGAUGGGUGCUCGCCCCUACGGCCCCGGCCCUGGGAUGGGCCCCAAUAUGGGCCCUGGCAUGCCCCCACAGGUGACCUCUGGGAUGUGCCCCCCUCCAGGCAUGAACAGGAAGGGCCCCGGGGGCCCUCCGGAUGCAGCCUCCGCCAUGCACCACGGUGGCCCCGGAGCCAACUCUAUACAUAACAGGUAGGCCGCCUGGUCUGCACUCAACGACACAGUAUUGCUGCUUUAGGAGACAGUUCAGCAUUGCGUGCCAUUCAGUAUUACAUGGUUCAUCUCUUUGUUGGAAAGAAAACCCCAUUGUCUGCUGUGUGUGAGAGGAGAGGUCAGGUGUGCGCCGAACAGCUAAGAUGUAGACCAGUCAGUCUACCAGUCAGGCAGGGUAACACAGAACACAGGGACAGAGAGGAAAUGGAGGUGGCUUAUGAAAACAGUGAUCCAGGCAGUGAGUCGCACAGUUGUUCAGUCAGGAAGUCAGCUGAGCCUCAGAGCAGAGAAACAGCUCCAGAGACAGACAGACAGACGGACAGGUGGAGAAGCCCGGAGACCCAGACGGGUACAUCAGGAGUUAAGACGGCCCUGUUUAGUAGGGAGUAAAACGUUUUGAAACAGGGAGAAAUACUCUUUAUUUUUUUACUUUUUUAAAGUGUUUUACUAUGGUGUGCCCUACUGAACACAACCCAGGUGUCCACUGAGGAUGUUGAGCAGAGAGGGAAGGUAAAAAGGGAAGUAGAUAACAAGGGAUUUUAGGCAGAUGUGGGCCUCUGUAAGUAAAGGGAGGGAUGAGAAAUACAGUAUUCAGACAUUUAGUUGGUUUUGUUUGUUAGAAAUUAUUAAUUUCGUCGGAUGAAAACCUUUUAUCUCCAAAACACACACUUUUCAGGAAAUGGAAAAAACAGCCAUAUUUUCCCAUUGACGAACAUACAAUUAUGAAACUUGACAGGUAUUUUGAAUACGUUUUCGUUACGAGGUUUUCAUCCGACAGCGACGAUAUUCUUUCGUUUAUGUUUUGAAUAUUGCCAUGUUGUUUUAUAACUGUGUCAUGUAUCGUAACCAUUGUGAAUGGAUUUCUGUUGUUGUUGCCCCCUCAGGCCUCCAGGCUACCCCCCCAACAUGCCCCAGGGGAUGAUGGGAGUAGGAUCUUCGUACGGCCCGGGGCCGGGGGCUAUCAACAGCAUGCAGGGCAUGAUGAACCAGGGAGGACCCUACGGAGUAGGGCCCAUGGGAGGGAACAUGGCCAACAACACACCUGGUGAGUCUGUUGCAUCUGGACAUUUUUCUAUCACCCAACUCAAGUGGACAACAUUUUUGCUUUUGGCAUAUCAUCUGAUGUGAUAUUUGAAAUGGUAUAGAAUUGUCAAUGAAUUGGAUUGAAAUGUUACUUAACUAAUAAGUAACAUUUGUUCUCCAUCUGCCAGGCAUGGCUCCUAGCCCUGAGUUUGGCAUCGAUGUCAAAUUGAACCCAGCCCAGAAGAUGAACAACAAGGUGGACGGCACGCCCAAACCUGAAACCAAGAAGGUAAAGAAGGUUUGUGGUUACGACUUGUGGUACUGAAUGAUACAGUCAGAAUGAGAGAGCUGCAUGGUUGUGUUUGUGUAUAGAAAUAGAAUCCCUAGAAUGGUCAAAGCCCCUCUGACCAUGGCAAUUUGACUGGUAACCUCAUGGGUACACUCAAUAUGGCUGACCUAGUAUUGGGAUUCUACUACUAUUGCUUAAUGAGUGGAAGUAAGUUGAAGUCAAUGGUGAAUAUCAUGCCAAAUCCUCACCUCUUCCUCCUCCCAUCUCCCUCUUUCAGAAGUCAAACUCUUCGACGACGACCAAUGAGAAAAUAACUCGUCUGUAUGAGCUGGGUCCGGAGCCGGAGAGGAGGACGUGGGUAGACCGGUACCUGGCGUUCACUGAGGAGAAGGCCACGGGUAUGACCAACCUUCCCGCCGUGGGACGCAAACCUCUGGACCUCUUCAGACUUUACGUCUCAGUCAAAGAGAUAGGAGGCCUCACACAGGUCAGUACUUGUGUAUAGCGUGUUAGUGUGUCUGUGCUUGCGUGUAUCUGUGUGUUUUAGUAUACCGACAUCAUUAUUUGCCUGAUAAUCUUGUCUUAUUGUCACUCCAUUUUUCUACAGCAGUUUAGAGUUGUUCUAUGAACAUCACAUAGUUACCUAGUUUGGACUGUAUUGGGUAGCUGUGGUGUUGUAAUCUCUCCUCGCUCCUUCCGCCCACCAGGUGAACAAGAAUAAGAAGUGGAGGGAGUUGUCCACCAACCUGAACGUGGGCACGUCCAGCAGCGCCGCCAGCUCUCUGAAGAAGCAGUACAUCCAGUGUCUGUACGCCUUCGAGUGCAAGAUCGAACGUGGCGAGGACCCGCCCCCGGAUCUCUUCAUCGAAGCCAAAAAGACCACCCAGCCCAAGAUUCAGCCCCCCAGCCCAGGUCCGUGUUGUGUGUGUCUCUUUGUCUUUGUGUGUGUCUGUGUGCAUCAGCCCCCCAGCCCAGGUCCGUGUUGUGUGUGUCUCUUUGUCUUUGUGUGUGUCUGUGUGCAUCAGCCCCCCAGCCCAGGUCCGUGUUGUGUGUGUGUCUUUGUCUUUGUGUGUGUCUGUGUGCAUCAGCCCCCCAGCCCAGGUCCGUGUUGUGUGUGUCUCUUUGUCUUUGUGUGUGUCUGUGUGCAUCAGCCCCCCAGCCCAGGUCCGUGUUGUGUGUGUCUCUUUGUCUUUGUGUGUGUCUGUGUGCAUCAGCCCCCCAGCCCAGGUCCGUGUUGUGUGUGUCUCUUUGUCUUUGUGUGUGUCUGUGUGCAUCAGCCCCCCAGCCCAGGUCCGUGUUGUGUGUGUCUCUUUGUCUUUGUGUGUGUCUGUGUGCAUCAGCCCCCCAGCCCAGGUCCGUGUUGUGUGUGUCUCUUUGUCUUUGUGUGUGUCUGUGUGCAUCAGCCCCCCAGCCCAGGUCCGUGUUGUGUGUGUCUCUUUGUCUUUGUGUGUGUCUGUGUGCAUCAGCCCCCCAGCCCAGGUCCGUGUUGUGUGUGUCUCUUUGUCUUUGUGUGUGUCUGUGUGCAUCAGCCCCCCAGCCCAGGUCCGUGUUGUGUGUGUGUCUUUGUGUGUGUCUGUGUGCAUCAGCCCCCUAGCCCAUGUCAGUGCUGGACACUCAAACUAAUACUUCACAUUCCCUCCCUCCCAUACCGACUCUGCUCAGUUUGAGUUAUAGAUAGUCACAUUGAUUCAACUGGAAUGAAUGAAUGAAUGUUUAAUUUCUCUAUCACAUAGAUCUCUCAUUUCCCUCCUUGCCCCAUAUAACUGGGCCAUAAACUAGCAUAUUUUACUGUAUCCUAUUAAUUGUCAAGUUAAAAGGCAAUCUUACAACAUCAUUUAUCAUCUCCUCUAUAUGAGCCACCUUCCUCUAUAAAUCACCACUGUUUUGGCUUAGGAUAAACUAGCUGUAAGUGAUAGCGUUGCCAAGGUAGUAAGUCACAGGCGUGUCUGUGGUGUCCUCCGACAGUUUCAUGAGCAUAUCUGGGGGAAUACUUCCUGGCAUUUACCAAAGUGUGUGUGUGUGUGUGUAAAGACGAGGUGGGGAAUCGACGUGUCCUUUAGCCUGGUGUGUGUUGGUCUGUUUGGUAUGUGUCCUCUCCUAGAUGUCAACGUCCCUCAGCCGCCUCAGACCACAAACACUCAUUCAGUUUAUUCUAAACAUAUUGGUAUGCUGAGGCCGUCCUGUGGUUGUCUAUGAGAGGCACAUACCGUGUGUUUGUUCUGUGGUAACUCAGUCUAAUGCUGGAGUCUAAAAGGGGCUGUCCUCAGUCAUCUGCUCCCCGCUGCUUCUCUCGUCAGGGGGGUGUUAUGUUUUGUCGGUGUUCUCACCCUAAAUGCUAUUUAUUUUGGAGAGGCUGGUCUCUGUUAUCCCCCAGGCUGCCUGGCCAGACACACCAUGAUGACAUGAUGCCAGAACCAGCCACGUGCUCCUCAGCAGUCUUGCUCUGCUGGUCUGGCCCAGCCAAGCCAAGGAUGCUGUGGGGAGGAGGGAUGGGGGGUAGGGAGAGGUUAUGGGGGUGCAGGAAGAUCCUCUGUGGUGGGGAGUCAGUGUCAGGGAGUUGGGGGAAGGGAUGAGGAUAAAGGGGGAUCGUCUGAUGCCCUCCAUUACUAGCUGCUUCUACUACUACAGGGCCUUGUGCCUAGUGUCUGGUUCCUGGCCCACGGCUUCACAGGCAACCCUCUCUCUCCCUCCCUCCCUCCCGCCCUCCCUGGAGCUUUGUGCUGAGCCAGAAAAUGAUGAAUGGGAAAAGGGGUGUGUGGUGUGUGUAAAGUUACACACAUUUUUUUGCUCCCCCCUGAGAUUCUGCCUCCCUCCUCCUUCCCUUCUCUUCAGCUGUAGUAGAGGGAAGUCCCUGCCCCGGGGGAGGGAGGGAGGGAGGGCAGACUGAUGUGCGCGGUGCUGUAUGUGACAAGUGAGAAAAUGUGAAUAACUGUGACCUGCCAAUGACCUCCUGUGUGUGUGUUUGUGUGUGUGUUAAUGAAUGGAACACAUGACUCAUCAGACAGGCGUGCUAAUAGUGAGAAGUCCUGAGCCGGGCAAGGGAAGAGAGCCACCCCCAUGCCAUGCAACACAAACACACUGGGCCAUGUGGUAAUCUGACGGAGGCUGACUUUAGAUCAUUGUUUCCUGGUGACUUUGUGAUACCGGCAGCUAGGCAUGCUGAGAUGAAGGAUUCAGCUCCUCUGUGUGUGGGUGCCCAAAGCCAGCCUGACUCCUCUGUGCACUGUGUGUGCAGUCUGGGAUUUGAGAGAGAGGUUUAGCCUCAACACUGGGCUGAGGCGAUCUCUCUCACUGUGAGCCUCUAUACUACCACUGAGGCUGUGUGGGAUUUGUCUAAAAUGUGCGUAUCUCUACUGUGUGUGUUGCAGCUGGGUCUGGAUCUCUGCAGGGCCCCCAGACCCCCCAGUCCACCAGUAGUUCCAUGGCAGAGGGGGGGGACCUGAAGCCCCCCACCCCAGCCUCCACCCCUCACAGCCAGAUGCCCCCCAUUCCAGGAGUCAGGUACCUAUGACACUCUCUCUACCACUGUCUCAAAACAUCCUCUCACUCUCUACUAUACCUGACAACAAUCUCAUCUCUUCCACUGAAGAAGAGUUGGUAACAAAAACAGAAUAGAUUUUUCCAUUCAAGGGGAAGCAAACUGAUUAACAACACAAUUGAAAGCAAUAUUUAGCUUGUUUAUUUUGUGGGUAAUUAACUCUCUCUUUCUCUCUCUCUAUCUCCCUUCCCUAUAGGCUGCAGGACCCGUUUGCAGACGGGGGCGACCCGGCGUUUGCCAGACGGAACUCUAUGACCCCCAACAGCUACCAGUCUGGGAUGGGUGGUCCAGAGAUGAUGGCCCGCAUGGGGCCUUACGAACCCAACAAGGACCCCUUUGGUGGCAUGAGGAAAGGUGAGCAAUGGGUUAACUGGCUUUUAGACAUUUUAUUUGGAGGUCACAGGAAAUUGUACAAGAAUACUGUACGAAGACUUGGAGUAUAUUGUCUAUCAUCCUGUGUGAUCAUGUGUGGCUCAGUUGGUUAAGAAUGUGGAGCUAGCAACACCAAGAUUGUGGCUUUGUGGGUUCACAGCAUCUGCUAAGUGGCCUAGACAAACUUGUCCCAUACAAUAUUGAGAAUAGGAGAGGGCCUAGAACUGAGCCCUGGGGGACACCAGUGGUGAGAGCACGUGGUGCGGAGACAGAUUUAACCCAAACUCUUUGUGUCUCUGCAGCUGGAGAGCAAUUCAUGACUCCAGGGCCGGGCCCUAACAGUGGUAUGGAGGGGCAGUUCAACAGAGGCCCCCCAGGGCCAAUGGGCCCCAACAUGCAGAUGGGUCAGAGACAACAGUACCCCUACGGACCUGGAUAUGACAGGAGACAGGAGCCAGGGAUGGGUCCUGACGGAAGUAUGGGUCCUGGAGCCCCCCAGCCCAACCUGAUGCCUUCAGGGGCUGAUUCUGGGAUGUACUCCCCCAGCCGACCCCCACCAGUGCAACGGUCAGUACCUCAAACUGGGCUAAGUCACAUAAUGGAUCUUCUACAUGUUAAAUAGUUACUGUAUUUUCUCAAGAAGGAUUUGAUCUCGGUGUGAGCUUAUGUGAUCUAUUCAAGCAUUUACUUUCUCUUAUUUUGUGUUUUCUGUGUAGGUUAUUUUCGAUAAGUUCUGCUGCAUUUCAAUUGCCAAAGUGUUAGUUUGUUAACCUUGCAUGUUGUUUCAGGCAUGAUUCCUAUGGUAAUCAGUACCCUGGCCAAGGAGCGCCACCUGGUGGCCCCUACCCCAAUCAGCAGCCAGGAAUGUUUCCACAGCAACAACCCGUAAGAACAUUUUGUCCACUGCUCUCUUUGUAUACCCAUAUCUGCUUCAGAAGCCUUGUAAAUGUUCAGUUAAAAUGGACUUGCAUUUAUCAGUAUAACUUAUUCAGUGUAAUGAAUGUGGUAUGUUAUAUUGAUACGAUAUGACUGGGGGAAAAAAAAUAUAUAUAUAUAAUAACUUGAAAUGUAUUGAAUUCAUAAUCAAUACCAUUAGUUUGAUAUUGAGAUGCUAACAAUGUGUCUGUCUGUCUUCAGAACUACAAGCGUUCUCCAGGCGAUGGGGCCUACGGUCCCCCAGCAAAGCGUCAUGAGGGGGAUGGGAUGUACAAUGUCCCCUUCAGCGGUCAGCAACAGCCAGGGCCCCAGCCCUCUGGGGCCCCACAGGGCCAACAGGACAUGUACAAUCAGUACAACGCAGGCUACCCCGGCUCUGACCGCCGACCACCUGGCCCCCAGGGCCAGUUCCCAUUCCCCUUCGGCCGAGACCGGGGGCCCUCUAGCGGGGGCCCAAGCUCCCAGUCCCCCAUGCCUCCCCAAAUGAUGGGCAGCCCUAUGCAGGUGGCCCCUGACGGUCCUCAGGGCCCCAUGUGGCAGGGACGCAACGAGAUGGGCUACCCCAACUACCCCAACCGCCAGGGGCCUCCAGGACCUGGCCAGGGGCCCCCCCAGGGCUACCACAGCAUGAACCGCUCUGAGGAGAUGAUGCCAGGGGCCGACCAGCGGAUUAACCACGAGGGCCAGUGGCCGGGACACCCCAGCCAGAGACAAUCCCCCUACGGGCCGGGGCCGGGGGGCUCGGGUCCCCCCAUGUCCAGACCUCUGCAGUCCAACUAUCAGAGCUCCCAGAACCAUAUUUCCCAGGUGUCGAGCCCCGCCCCCAUGCCCCGCCCCAUGGAGAGCCGGACGUCCCCCUCCAAGUCGCCCUACAUGCACUCAGGCAUCAAGAUGCAGAAGGCGGGGCCCCCCGUGCCCGCGUCCCACAUAGGCCAGGCCCCUGUGCAGCCCCCUCUCAUCAGGCGGGACAUAGCCUUCCCCCCAGGGUCGGUGGAGGCCUCCCAACCCAUCCUCAAACCCCGAGGACGACUCACCAUGAAAGACAUCGGUAUGCAAGUGUUGGCUGAUUUUUCACCCAAAACUUGCCAUUUUCAGGAGAUUAAAUGUUAGCAGACCCUUUGCACAAAGUCACUUUAUAUAUAUUUAUUUAUUAUUAUUAUUAUUAUUAUUAUACUACUAACUAUUUGUAAUUUUCAAGUGAUCUAAUGCUAGUAAAGUGGUGCCAUCAUCCUGUAUCAGUCACUGAUGUAUUUUCUGCUGUGUUCUCUCAGGCACCCCAGAGGCCUGGAGAGUGAUGAUGUCACUGAAGUCAGGCUUACUAGCUGAGAGCACUUGGGCCUUGGACACCAUUAAUAUUCUACUGUACGAUGACAACAGCAUUUCUACUUUCAACCUCUGUCAGGUGAGUUACAACAACAGGCCUUAGAAUGAAACACCCAUAAUUAUUUUAUUAUAUUAAUAUUAUACUUAAAAAAUAUUACAUUUUGAAGUUAUCUUACCAGUUGAUAGUGUUCUUCUCUAAGAAGCAUUCCAAUAAAACUUCAAAAUGUCAAUAUGUAUUGUCUGACAUUAUCCUCCAUCCAGAUUUUCUAGGUUGUCCUGAUCACAUCUCUGAAUAAGGAAUUAAUGCGUGAUUAUAUUUGUCAUUGAUGUGGAUGUCUAACUACAGCCUGUCCUAUCCUGUCUCCUCUCAGCUGCCUGGGUUCCUGGAGCUGGUAGUGGAGUAUUUCAGACGCUGCCUCAUCGAGAUCUUCGGCAUCCUGAAGGAGUAUGAGGUGGGAGACCCUGGCCAGCGGACGCUCGUUGACCCGCAUGCUGCCGACGAAGACUGCUCCGAUGAAGAGCUACCUGAGCAGGAGGACAUGGAGGAGGACGAGGAAGAAGAGGAGGAUGAAGAGGAGGAGGAGAGGAAGAGCAACGCAGACACCACCACCUCAUCGCAGCAGGUCCAGGUGAAACAGGAGGAGGUGGAGAAAGAGGAGAAAUCCACAACAGAGAAGUCGACAGCAGAGGAGGAGCGGGAAGGAGGAGAGUCUUCUUCCUCCUCCUCUGCGCCUCAGGACUCCAGCCUCCCCCAGGAGAAACCCAAACAGGCCAGUAAGUUUGACAAGCUGCCCAUCAAGAUGGUGCGUAAGAAAGACCCCUUUCCCGGUUGCCGUUCCAGUAAGCUAGGCCGGCGGCAGAGCUUCGACAGCGGACUGAUCCACUGGAGUAUCGGUGGGGGGGACACCACGGAACACAUCCAGACCCACUUCGAGAGCCGGUCUGACCUCCUCAAGCAGCGGAAACGGGUGUCGCCGUCAGCCACAGAGAGCAGGAAGAAGGUGACGGUGUCAGAACACCCUGAGAAGAACAUCUCCCCUGCAGAGAAGACCACCAAGACCUCCGCCCCAACCACGCCCGCCCCGGUCACCGCCACCAUUGACGACGUCCUGUCGGCCCGGCCGGGCUCGGUGACGGAGGAGGCUGUGCGAGGAGCAGCCGAGGAGCAGAAGGUGAAUGGGGGGAAGUUCUUGUUCUCCAUCCGCCAGGCGCAGCAGAGCCGACGCAACAUCACCAUCCUGGAGGACGAGCCUCAUAGCAAGGACGAGACCCCGCUGAGCACGCUGUCUGACUGGCAGGAUGCCCUGGCCCGCCGCUGCGUCUGCAUCUCCAACAUCGUCCGAUCGCUCUCCUUCAUCCCCGGCAACGACCUGGAGAUGUCCAAACACCCGGGGCUGCUGCUGCUGCUGGGCCGUCUGGUCCUGCUCCACCACCGCCACCCAGAGAGGAAACAGGCCCCCGUCACCUACGAGAAGGAGGAGGAGGAGGACGAGGGGGUGAGCUGUGAGAGGGACGAGUGGUGGUGGGACUGUCUGGAGGUCCUCAGGGAGAACUGCCUGGUCACUCUGGCUAACAUCUCCGGCCAGCUGGACCUGUCCAUCUACCCAGAGAGCAUCUGUCUGCCCUUGCUGGACGGCCUGCUCCACUGGGCUGUUUGUCCCUCAGCUGAGGCCUUGGACCCCUUCCCCAUGCUGGGGCCCCACGGGGCCCUAUCCCCCCAGAGACUGGUGCUGGAGACCCUCAGCAAGCUGAGCAUCCAGGACAACAAUGUGGACCUUAUCCUGGCCACGCCGCCAUUCAGCAGGCUGGAGAAGCUGUACGGGACGCUGGUGCGUCUGGUCGGAGAGAGGAAGGUGGCCGUCUGCAGGGAAAUGUCUGUGGUCUUACUGGCCAACCUGGCCCAGGGAGACAGCAUGGCGGCUAGGGCCAUCGCUGUGCAGAAGGCCAGCGUAGGUAACCUCCUGGGCUUCCUGGAGGACAGUCUAGCGGCCACGCAGUACCAGCAGAGCCAGAGUUCCCUGAUACACCUACAGGGGGCGCACUUUGAGCCCACCAGUGUAGACAUGAUGCGGCGAGCAGCCCGCGCCCUGCACGCCAUGGCUAAGUUGGAGGAGAACCACUCAGAGUUCACCCUGUACGAGUCCCGCCUACUGGACAUCUCUGUCUCACCACUCAUGAACUCUCUGGUGUCCCAUGUGAUCUGUGACGUACUCUUUCUGAUUGGCCAGUCAUGA